AUGGGUGAGAGCCAAGCCAUCAUGUGUGUCGAGCGCUUCGCAGUCGGAAUUGUGCAAGUGUUUGGCCAGGAGUAUUUGAGAUCUCCGAAUGCUGAAGACGCCGCAAGGCUAUUGGAGAUGAACAAAGCUCGCGGCUUCCCUGCAAACAAUCCCCAAAUCGAACAACUCCACAACCCUAACCCGUGCCCUGUCGCCGCCCACCUUGCGCUCGAUCCACGGUCCGGACGCCAUCGCCGCCGGCCUCGCGCUCGAUCCAAAGUCCGGACGCCAUCGCCGCCGGCCUCGCGCUCGAUCCAAAGUCCGGCCGCCAUCGCCGCCGGCCUCGCGCUCGACCCCGUCGUCAAGCCGUCGUCCCGGAGGUCGCACCCCCCUCCCCCAAGCUCCACCCCACAUCCACCCAUCCUCGCACUCUGCCCCCUCUCCCCGAGAUCGAGCCGCGGUCCUCGCACUCCACAAUCCGACGGCCGUCCUCGUGUCCUCCUGACAUCCAGCCGUCUCGUCCUCGCGAAUCUCCAUCCCUGCUACCUCCGGGGCUCCAUCGUCGUGCUCCCGCUGCUGCCGGAUCUGCUGCUAUCGGGGCUCCAUUGCCAGCCUCCCGCUGCUGCCGGACAUGCUGAUGCCAGGGAUCCAUCUCCAGGCUCAUUAUGCUGCUACCGGACCUGCUGCCGGGGCUCCAUCUCCUUCGAGUUGUGCCCCUCCCGAAUCCAGCCGUCCCCGUGCCUUGAGAUACUUGGAAAAUUUGAUAUUAAUGGUGCAUCAUGGACAAAACGUGGUUGUCUAAGCCUAGAUGAGUCGACAAUGAAGCUCGGGGACGUCAAAUGGCGCUCGGUGUAGGUGGCCAUGGUGGACCUGAAGCUGGCUGAGAUAAGCGAUGGGGUCAGUGUUGUGCUCCUUCCGUUCUCAUUAACCAAAUAGUGCAGACUGUGGCUGUAUGACUCGUGUAUAUAUCCACUUGGACCACCAAAAUCAAACUGAUAGCAAGAACUUGAUAUAGUGCUAAGUUAUAGUUCGUAAACAGAUCCAUAUUAGUUUAGAGAUCCGCACAACAAAUUUAUACAUUCAGAAUGACCACCAAAAUCCAGCAGCACAAUUAACUAGAUUGGAAGAAUUUAUUUGAUUAAUAUGUGCACAUGAAAGAACAAAUUAACCCGUGUGAACUAUCCACAUCGGUCUGAGUUAUGCUGAACUUUUUGAUCUUUUUACUAACCACAUCGGUGGUCUAAAAGAAUUAAUGAGUAGCAACACAGACUAAGAAAUUGCUAUUUAUCUUAUCUAUGCUAAGAGACCGGAGACUGAAUUUACCAACAUGGAAGGAUUCCUCAAGAGCACAUCAGCACCUGAAGCUGCUGCUGUCGCAGCUCUACAAUUUUUCUUCUUUC